GAGUGCGAGAGCGAGUGCGAGCGUGAACGCGAACGUGGUCGCUUACGAUCGGCCGCUACGAGAGUCGACGAGAGAAAAGCUUUCGGGCGGCAUUCGCGCACGUUUCAGGGCCACCCGCCGGAUCCCGGUAAGCCCGCCGCGCCGCUUCCAUUUUUACACGGACUUUACUUACGUCUUUGACUCGUCGAAAUUUCCUAUCGUCUCGAAAUUUUCGAUCGUCCAUCGUCCACCGACGUUUCUUCGACGACGCGUUCGCUCCUUUCGUUCGCUUGCGUAUUCUCGCGUUUCCAUUUGCCCGAGAAUCGGACGAUUCGAACGACCUAGUGACCGCUAGGUCGAUCGAACGACCGAUCGAUCGAUCGUUCGAUAGACAGACAGAUAGAUCGUCGAUGAAAACGGGAAUGGAAGCCGGAACGUGGCCGUUGCUCGCGACGAUCGCGAUCGUUUCUCGCGACACGUGGUGCUCGACGUGAGAAUCCGAUCGUAUCGCGAGUUACAGUUUUGCGGUGGCAAAAGUGGAGAGACGUGUUUCGAGGAACGACGUCUCGUCGGAAAGAACGAAAGGGAAAGGAAGAGGUGGUAAGGGAGGAGGAGAAAGAAGCGAAAGAAGAAGAGAAAGAAAGGGAGAAAGAACGCGUGAGCAAAAGCUUCGUAUCGACGUGGUUCGCGAGAAACGAUGACUCUCGUGACAGACACGGUGUCUUACGCGUGUCAACCGGUCGGUAGACAGUCUUACGACGACGUUUACCGUCACCAUCACCUCCAACUUCGACAUCAUCAUCAUCAUCACCUUCAUCGUUACUAUCACCAUCGGCAUCACUAUCACUAUUAUCAUCAUCACCACCAUCAUCGCCGGCGACGAGGAGCGUACGCAUCCACCGAUGAUCCAUCGAUCGAGUGCCUGCAAGGAUACCUGUCCGUGGGAAACGUGGACGAAGAAGCGAGAAAUCGAGUGGUCGAAACAGCCGAAACCGACUCCGCGUUAGGAUCGGCCAGCUCUGACCGUUAUCGGUCGCGAGCAUCGCGGUACGCGGUGGACUCGGACGACGCGUCGUCCGUUGUAUCGGUGGAUGCUUCGGCCGAUCUCGAGUCCGGUUCCGUCGAGGCCGAGGAGAGCAACGAGGGUAACGAGUCGAACGAACCGAUCGAACCCAACGAAUCGAACGAAAGAAGCAACGAGUCGAACGAGAACGAGCACGUGCCUCAUCCUCACGUGGCACUGGACACCGCUGACACCACCGCCUCGACGCACGGACCACGUCGGUGUCUGCUCUGGGCUUGCAAAGCCUGCAAGAAGAAGACUGUGACCGUCGAUCGAAGAAAAGCUGCUACAUUGCGGGAAAGAAGGCGCUUGAGAAAGGUGAACGAGGCGUUCGAAGUUUUGAAAAGGAGGACGAGCAACAAUCCCAAUCAACGAUUACCGAAAGUAGAAAUUCUACGGAACGCGAUCGAGUACAUCGAAGGUUUGGAAGCGUUGCUGCAGAGCAACAGAUCCUCCGUAGCUCAGGGUCGCGGUUCGACUAACGAUACGCCGGGUGCAACUUCCCCGCGAUACGUGACGGAAAGGCUGAGACAGUUCUCGGACCCUCUGGCGAGGUUUCAACCCAUCAACGGAUUCGAGGGAACGGUGGAACCGCAAUCGUCCCAGCUCAGUGGAAGCAGCUUGGAUCGCCUCAACAUGAUCGUCCAGAGCAUCAACGGACCGACUCACGGGGCCACCGACGCGCUUCGAUAUCCUUCGCAGCAGUGACACACAACGGUGUGUUACAGAUACAGGUGUUCCAAAGGAAUCAUCGAUUUUUCUCAAUUCACUGUUCCUGGAACCACCGUUGAACGCAUCAUCGUGUGGAUAUAUCAAGUUCCUAAAAUGCAUCGGCUUAAACGUAUGCUCCUCUCUGUAAUAUCGCUCAACGAUCGUUUUAUUCGAGAUAGUUUCGUUAUCAAACGAGUUCUUUCAAGUGAAAUAUUUACAUACGCGCUAUCCUUCGACUAUUUUCUGCCGAUCGUGUAAUUGAAUCGUAAUCGAAAUAGCUUAUCUGCAUCGCUUCGAAUCGAUCUUAUUCGAUACAGCGACAGCGCGUACUAUUAAUUAUCUCUCUGUAUAUAAAUAUACAUGUAUACGUAUAUAUACAUAAGCACGUGUAUGCAGACAAUACAUAUACAUAUUCAUAUACAUACAUAAAUACAUUGAUACAUACAAAUUUAUAAAUGCGCACUAUAAUAAAAUAUAUCGGGAUACGUGAAACUAAAUCUUGCAAAAAAUAUGCGCGCUCUUGUUUAAGCUGCCUCCGUAUUUUAUCGUGUUUUAUUUAUUAUACUUCCCCUUCUGUUUCGUGCACAUCAUCCAUUUAAUUUAUCGUUGCAUUUUUUUAUCGAUGACCACGCAACCAUUGCAAUAUUGUAGCCAACGAUUAUAGGAGCGUUCGAAACAUUUAUCGACCCUUGGCGUUUCGAAUGGUAAGCGGGAAACCAAAAAACGGCUAUUCCCCUCCACACUCAACCGAAGAUACGCACGUGCAUCUGCUUUGCAACUACUAAAUACAUAAGUAUAUGUAUACAUAUGUAAGUACUUACAUAGUAGAAAGACAGACGUUGCUAACGCUCGAUCUCGUUCGGACGACGACGAAGUGUAACCGUAAACGUAAACACGGUCUAUGUAUUAUAUAGACACGUAUUCCUCUUGGCUUCAUCUCGCUUUCUUUCUUUCAACGAUAUGGUUCUUCGCCCAAGGAGACAGCUUGAGUCUUACUCGAUUUAUGAAUGCGCCUUUGAAAACCAACGGUCGGCACGACCAAAAGAUCUAGCUCCGGAAACCAGAGACUACUUUUAACCAGAUAAAUUGGGAGUCUUGGAAAAUCUAGACUAUCAACGUGUUCCCUCUGUCGCGAUAUCGGCACGUACUCAAAACAUCCUGUAAAACGCAUCCCUCGAGACACGCAUCUACACAUCUGUCCUCUCCUUCUUUGGUAUUCCCCCUUGUUUUCCCAUGAACGGAAACUUUAAAGAUUACCGCCACACAUUAUCGUGCUGUGCCAUACCGUACCAAGACACCAUUCUGCUCGGACAAGAAUCUUUCAGAUUUUUCCUUUCUUCUACCAUUUCCUCCUCAAAUCCCAAACGCAUAAAAUCAUACGCCAUCUGCCGCAUGCUCUUUCGUCAAAAGUUUCCAUUCCAUUUUGAUUCGUCCCUGGCAAACGACGACUGUUCCUCGUUACAGAAUGUUUCUUUUCCCAUAAAUUGUCAUACAUUUUUGAAACGCCUGUAAUAUAGGAAAAAUAAUAAAAUACAAUUCUACAAGGAC